AUGCACUUCAAACGCUCCAUCACCGUCGUCGGCUGCCACGCCGAGGGCGAAGUCGGCGAUGUUAUCGUCGGUGGUGUCCUAGACGUCCCUGGAGCGACAAUGUUCGAAAAGCUUCGUCAUUUCGAGACCAAAAAGGACGACUUGCGCCAAUUCCUGCUCAAUGAGCCCAGAGGCCGUGCCCCUAUGAACGUCAAUCUGGUACUUCCGCCAUGUGAUCCGCGUGCGGAUGCAGGGUUUUUGAUUAUGGAGAGUAAUGAGUAUGCGCCCAUGUCUGGAUCGAAUACUAUCUGCACGGCAACUGUGCUCUUGGAGACGGGGAUGAUACCCAUGAAAGAGCCCGUGACGGAAGUCGCUCUUGAUACAGCCGCGGGCUUGGUUACGGUUACUGCAGAAUGCCAGGGAGGGAAAUGUAAAAGCGUUGAGUUCAAUAACGUUGCCUCGUUUGCGCUCGAACUUGAUAUGAAGGUGGAUGUCCCCGGGGUUGGAGAGAUAUCAGUCGAUAUUGCGUACGGCGGAAUGAUGUAUGUCCUUGUUGAUGCUGCUUCGGUUGGGUUAGAGAUCCAUAAUCGGUUUGCGCGCGAAUUGGUUGAUCUUGGAGAGCGAAUUAAGAGGGCUGUGAGAGUUGUUUAUAAACCAGUUCACCCGGAGAACGCGGGUAUUACGGGGUUCAGUGUGCUAGCGUUCACAGCGCCCGUCACAGUUGAGGAAGACGGUUGCAAAGCUGCCAGCAACGCCGUGAUUGUUUCCCCCGGACGAUUCGACCGUAGUCCCUGUGGUACAGGCACAUGUGCGCGAAUGGCCGUCAUGCAUGCUAGAGGUGAGCUGAAGGAAGGCGAGAUUUUCAGACAUCGAAGCAUUAUAGGCACGGAAUUUGUGAGCCGUAUUCGCGGUCUCACUACCGUAGGGGAUUACCCUGCUGUUUUACCCACUGUCAAGGGUCGAGGCUGGAUAACGGCUUUUAAACAAGUUGUUCUUGAUCCAUCGGAUCCGUUUCAGGAGGGGUUUCGAUUGGGGGAUCAGUGGCCUGGCGCUCAGGAUGACGCACCCUCGCCGGUGAAGGAGUAG